AAAGGAGACGAGAUUUGCCAAGAGAAAUCCAAGGAAUUGCUGAAGGAAAUCGGUCUCCCAAAUGGGCUUCUGCCAUUGAAGGACAUUGAAGAAUGUGGGAUCGUGAGAGAAACAGGGUAUGUGUGGCUGAAGCAGAGGAAGAACACGACCCACAAGUUCGAGAAGAUCGGGAAGCUGGUGUCGUAUGCGACGGAGGUCACGGCGGUUGUGGAGAAGAACAAGAUCAAGAAACUCACCGGAGUUAAGACGAAGGAGCUUCUGAUUUGGGUGAGUUUGAGUGAUAUCUAUGUGGAUGAUCCACCCACCGGAAAGAUCACGUUUCAGACUCCGGCGGGAUUGUUUAGGACUUUUCCGGUGUCGGCGUUUCAGGUUGAAGAGCCGUUGAAGCAGGUGAGUGAAAAGGAA